UGGCUGCAGGGGCCGGGAGUAUUCGACGGCGGGGGUGGCUGUGCUCGAACUUGUCCUUCCCCUCCUACAGGGGAAGGGGAGCGUGGAGCAACGGCAAGCGGAGUCAGGCUCAAACUAGAGGAGGAAACACGGUGAUAACCACAGCGGCCGUGCAAGAAGGACCUUGGCAUCCUUUUCUCCAGGGUGGGCCAUCCAGCCGGAGGAGUUAGGUUUGGUGUGACCUGUCCGCAGCAGCGCAGUCUGUAGCUUUCCCCAGCUUUAAAGUCACUGGGGGGGGGGAACUCGCUGCGUGCCGUUCUGGGCUCUCCGACUCCAGAAAGAUGUCAACAAAGUGGAAGGUAUUGGACGGGACCAGCGCAGAAACGAUUUACUGAAAAAUCUUUGUAGUCGUAAAAUUCUUUCGUGGGCGAGAGAGAAAAAGCGUAAGGACUUGGCGUAAUCUACGUGUUGAGGACUGUCAGACUAACGCGAUGGCUCAGGCAAGUCUCCUGGCCUGCGAGGGUCUCUCUGGGGUUUGCCUCGUGCCAACUGUUGCCAGCAAGAAGAUGAUGCCGAAGCAAAGCUCCAAGCAGGUGGAGAACGGAGAGAGAGGGGGUGCACCAGAUAUGUUGGGUCACCGCAAAGAGAGUGAGAAAUCUCGCAGCCGGAAGGAAGAAGAAACAACAGAAGGGUCCCAACCUAAAAAGUCCCUUAAAAAGGUGGUGGUGAUCGAACAGAAUGGAUCCUUCCAGCUCCGGAUCCCCAAGAACUUUAUUUGCGAGCACUGCUACGGUGCCUUCCGGAGCAGCUAUCAUCUCAAGAGACACAUCCUCAUUCAUACAGGUGAGAAGCCUUUUGAGUGUGAUGUUUGUGACAUGCGCUUCAUUCAGAAAUACCACCUGGAGCGCCACAAACGUGUGCACAGCGGGGAGAAGCCGUACCAGUGCGAACGCUGCCUGCAGAGCUUCUCCAGGACAGAUCGGCUGCUGAGACACAAACGAAUGUGCCAAGGUUGCCCAAGCAAAUCGUCCGACUCGCAGCUGCUGCUUUAGGGGUGGGCCCGGAGAGAUGAAUUUGGAAGAAGCCGGAAAGCCAAUGGAAUUCUCUGUGGUCUUUUUGUUGUUUUUUUUUGGGGGAGGGGGGAUUCUCUUGUGCUUGUGUUUGCCUACUGGGCGUACC